ACACUUCUCGUACAAAAACUAGUCUCUAUAUGUAGCAAUUGAUAUACAACCUUAUCCCUUAAGCAAUAAAGUGCAUUUUGGAUUGAUUUCACUAUAGCAGGGGAACCCGCGGAUCAAUACCACCAUACUAAAAAUAAUUGUUAGUGUCCUUAUGUUGGUAGUAUUGUUAGUUUGACAAAUGAAAAAAAAUGUCUGUCAAUUGAGUUUGAGUUUUUAACCGGCGAAUUGAUUCGUGUGAAGUUAUUUUCUCAGAUUUGGUGCAAUAUUACUGUAAAUAAACUUUUCUGUCGUUUACGUUGAGUUGAUUAAGUUCCUCCGUAUCGGGCGUGAUAAAGUUUGCUGUUCAGUGUUAUGUUUUUUGUGAGAUAGAGACUCUUUUAAAUAAGCUGUGUUUCAACUUCUACAGAAGUUUAAACUCUUAUUUACUUUUCUGUUUAAUGGGUAUGUUAUCUACUUACUUGAAAUAUUAGAUCUAUUACAAAUCUAUUUUUCAUUAAAAACAACCCUAUGUGAUGAAAAUGUAAAUGUACUUUCAAAACUGGUAAAUGCAUGAACCAGGGCAUUGACACUGGUUGGAGAGAAAUUAUAGGCUUUGUUUAAUUAAUACCUAUUUCAUUUUAGGCUUCUACUGAUAAUGGAGAGUAGAAACAACAAGAAGUGCGUUAUUUGUAAUAAGAGGCGAAGUCGUGGUGGAUUACCCUUACUUUUGAGUAGAUUUCCUCUGGAUUCUGACCGUUGUCGAAUGUGGGUUAAAAAUGCUGGCAUAGAAGACUUAGCAUAUGUACCUAUUGAAAAGUUACACCAACUUAAGUUUGUGUGUGGUGGGCACUUCACUCCUGAAUCCUUCAAUGCCAAAGGAACUCGGCUGAAGAACUCAGCUAUUCCAACACUGGAAUUGAGCAAUCCCAUCUUGCCAGAUGAAGUUUUGACAGAGUUUCCUCUUCAUGUAAAAGACUCCAAUAAAGAAAACCUCAAGACAGUUCUUUAUGAUCAUUCAUAUUGCAUUCCAAAGAAGUCAAAUCCAGUUGAACGAGUUCCCCUUACAACUACAACCAAACAACUAAAUUCAACAUGUUUGGGAGCUGUGGAUAUACCAGAUUCUGGUAUUUCUGCGAAAACAACUUUUGAACCUCUUCCUUCUACUUCCAAUGCACCAGAACAUAUGACCUAUAAACCCAUUACUCAUGAUGAUAAAAACAUUUGCCAUCAAGAUGCACAGGCAGAAAUAUUAGUCCACAGUUAUAAAAGACCUAAGAAAAACAUUGAAAUGAAAGACACUUCAUCAACAUUUACAAUUAAAGAGAAGAGGCUUUGGCGACAGUUACAAAAUGCAAAAAAAACAAUAAGGAAUAUAGCGAAGUCAAGAGUGAAUUUAGACAAGUUAGAUUCGGAAGUGCUGUCAUCGUUAGUAAAGGAUGUAGUGCAGAAUAACAAAAAAAAGUCACAAGGAAAAAGGUGGACUGUAGCCAACAAAAUAUAUGCUUUGGCUAUAUUUAAACGGUCCCCUAAAGCAUACCGCUAUAUGCAAAAGCUGUUUACGCUACCAAGCACUAAAACGCUCCAAAGGAUUUUAAAAAAUAUACCAAUGGAGCCUGGUAUAAAUAAAAAUAUAAUUGAUAUGUUAGAGGCAAAAGCAUCAAGUAUGCCAAAGGAAAAUAAAUAUUGCUCGUUAAUAUUUGACGAGAUGGCGUUAAAGAAACGGAUAAUUUAUAACGAAAUUGCUGAUAAAGUGGAUGGCUACGUGGAUUAUGGAGAGGGCGAGAACAUGGGACGAGAAAAGAAAAUUGCAGACCAUGCGUUAGUGUUUAUGAUACAGGGUGCUUAACAUAAAUACAAACAAUAUAUUGCGCACUAUUUUGUGGAAGGCACAAUACCAACAGCAAAACUGGCAAAAAUUAUAUCGGACAUCAUCAAAAAAUUAAAAGAAAUCGGAUUUGUGGUUCUAACAACAGUUUGUGAUCAGGGAUCUACAAAUAUAGGAGCUCUUAACAUGUUAAAAAGAAACUGUGGACAAGGCAUAGAUAGCAACUUUUUCUCUGUAAAUAAUGACAAAAUUUUUAUAAUCUAUGACA